AUGGAAGCCAUCCACAAGAUCCGCUCCCUCCCCACCCGCCUCCAAAACACAUACCCAACCACCAUCAAUCUCCUCACUCUUCUCGUAAUCACACUCCUCCCCAUCUUCACCCUCACUGCUCUCACGCUUGUCACUUUCCACGUCUACUUCACGGGUAACUGGUACUAUUACAAUGAACGGAUCUUCGUCGCACGAGGGUUUGGCGAAGAUGAUGCUGCGAAUUGUAGGGAUGUGUUGAAUGAUACGGGUCUGUAUACGACUAUGGAGGCUGUGGAGUGGUAUUGGAGGAGGCAGUGUGAGGGAAAUAGGGAUGCUUGGAAGGGUGACGGUGGGGUUUUAGGUGUGUUGAACCAGUCCUGGAUCUGGAUGAUCUUCGAUGUAUUCUGGACUCUAUUCCUUGGACCGUGUAUUUACGCGAUAACUUUCUUCACCACAACCGCAUCCCAAAUUUACAACUCCGAGGGCAUCACAUUAAUCACCGCAAUACUCAAUGCCUGCUUACAUGCCGCUAGAGAUGCAGCUAACACCGUAAUGGUUUGGGCUUCUUGGCUCAUCUCUUCCUGGGCAGGCUUUUAUGACUUCGUGCCACUCAUCAAACAAGCCUUUGCCACCAUCGGAGACUGGCUAAAGAACUCGACUAGCUCGUUGGCGAACAACAAAUUAUGGUCUGAACAAGUUUCUAAACUUGGUAGUCGGUUCGGUGAAGACUGUCUAAGUCUCCGAGGCCAUCCAGCUGCAUUAUGCACGGCUGUGGUAGGUGGUAUUGGAGAUCUGCUGAAUCGAUGCACCAGCUAUCUCGUUAGAGUUACAUCCAAUGAUGCUCUCUUCCAUGGACUUUCUGCCAUCCGAUAUUAUGUCUCAUUGGUUCUGGUACCUAGAACAGGCAUGCCGUGGAGAUUCCUCGCACUCAUAUUCACAGUCUGGAUCAACGUUUACAUGCACCGCACUUUUAUCGACACCGCGAGUCCCAGAGGCUCUCGGCGAGAAUACUGGCAAAAGUGCUUUCCACACAUACCAUUUGCACUUCUCAAUAUUCUGUGCUUUGGCUCUGAACCAGCGCCUGGAUUGGAUCAAAGAUACAGGCAGCCGAUAAGCGAUGGCAACCCGACACCAGCAUUCAUGGAAUGGUACUGGGAUGAAGUCCCUGAACUUGUAAUGCAGAGAGUCAUCCUACCGAUUGCUUACCGUGGUGUCUGGGAUGGAUUCCGCUAUUGGGCGUACCACUUUGUCAUUGCUUGGGUAGCUGUCGCUCGUGGACUGAAAAAGCUCUCGACUACAGUAGCGGGGAGUGCUAUAUUGAUGGUUGGUUUCGCUUCGUGCGUUCACCUGCACGAUCAAGUUCCUCAGUUUAGAUACGUUAUUGUUGGAGUUUUGGAUGCAAUUUCAGAAUUUCUUUUUUUCAUGGCGGUUGUUACCAUACUCUCUUUCGUCUUUCUGGAGAUCUACAGCAUUCUCAAAAGAGCACUUACGACAAUCUUCAACCGAGAACCCUUCUCACAGCUUAAUCCAAUGAAUCCUGGAUUCUGGCCACGCAUGAAACCCAUACUCCUCUCACAGCUAACAAUCGUAGCUAUCUUAGCCAUAUUCAAUACCAUCACGUCCAUCAUGCGCAUCCCGUUGACACUCACCUACACCGAAUUCCUCAUCUACGCCAUGGUUUUCAACGUCCUCGAAAUCAGGGAUGCUCAUCGUGAGGUUCGCGACUUGGACGUCGCAGCUAGAAUCAUCGCAGUGGUACUUUUUCACAUGUUAGAUUGGGUGCCGAUAACGUGGUUCUGGAGGCCGAUCUACUUUCUUGGGGGUAUGCCAGUCCCACUUUUUGCGUGGUAUACGGGAUAUGUGACCACGACUAUUUAUCAUUGCUUCUAUGCUGUGUCUUGGACAGGUUUGUUUGAGGAUCUGAAAGCUGGGUUGGCUCUGGUGAUGAAAUAUUUGAGGAUUUCGGGACGUGAAUAUAUCGCAAGCUACGGGUCUCUUCAAAUCAUACCAGAUCUACAGGGAGCGACAAUCACGAAGGUUCAAUCUUUCAUUUCUGCUCUUGCGUUGGUAAUCACUGGCUACCUUGUAUCUGUCAACCUUCAAGCAGGAUUCUACUUCGUCCUACUCUGCGCUGGAUAUCUGCUCAAGGAUCAAAACCACAAUCUGAACAAAUCGCCUCACGCCCGUCCAGAGCUCCUACCACUUCGAGCUACGCUGAAGAAAGUACUUGGAGUACCUAUCAGAUAUCUCAUAGUACUUCCAAUUCUAGUCCAGCUUUCAGGCGACCCCUACAUGGAGCUAGAAGCCACUUUUCCUGCGGUAGCAGGGGCGUUCGCCUUGUAUGGUAUCUACCGCCUCUUCAUACACCUCCGAAAUUCUGGCUCCACUCAGCAAGCAGUCAUCGAAUUCAUCAAAUUGAAUGGGAUAACAUUCAUCGCCUUCACCGUUCUGGCAAUCGCCUCGCCUUACAUCCGCCUCCUCGAGUUCCAUCUCCGCCAACUCGCGUCAGACGCCACCCCAUACCUAUUCCAACCAUUGACAUUCAUGCUCGGAGCUUUAGCCUCGUACUUCAUAUACAUCACAUCUGAAGACGAUCCUGCAGUUGCUCCUUCAGAAUUCCGAACACUUCUAGAAUGUAACCUGCAGAUCUGUGCCGCACUUUUCACGCUCGGCAGUCUCGCCUAUUUACCAUUCACCCUGGCUUUCUACGCAGUCUUCGUUCCUAUCUUCCUACUCUUCCUGUACCGCGCAUCUCCCACGACAGCAACCACCACUCCAGUUUCUCAACCCCAUGGCUUGCAGGCUAUAUUCUGGAACGAGCCCGUUCCGAAAUGGGUGAAGCAUCUCUGGUGGAUCGUGCCGAUAUGCGCUGUUUGGGAGAGCGUCUAUAUAGUGCGGUAUUCUGAGGCGAUGAUUCGGCACUUUGAUGGGUAUGAUUUCGAGUUCUUUUCCGAGGCUUGGGGCGCUUCGUCUCUACUGGCAAUGGUAUUCGUUGCCGUUACCAUGGUGUUGAAUUUACUGGUGCAUGUUAUGAAGGAGCCACACCCUCGAAUAUCUCUGGAUUGCCGGCAAUGCUGUGACAGGAUAUCUACCGUUUGA